GAAACGGAUUUAAGUUUUUCUAUUGUUUUUCCAUUUAAGUGAAACAAUUUAAAAAAGUUAUCUUCAAAUAAUGGGUGUUCUUGGUUUAAAAUCGUUUUUGGAGCGUGAAAAACAAACGCGUACAAUUAAUAUUGUGAAUGAGAUUAACAAGUGGAUAAGUGAACACGGUACAGCGCCGUCAAUUAUAAUUGAUUUAAAUAAUUUAAUCAUAAGUCAUUCAAAAUUGGAGUACGAUACGUUGUGUGGCGGUCGAAACAGAAGUGCAUUGGAAUCAUUUGAGAAAUUUUUAAAAGUAUUGAGCGCAAUCGAAAAUAUAUCAUUAAUAUUCUUCUGUGGAUUGACAAUACAAAAGGAUAAAGUGGCGGAAUGGUUGAGUCGACGCAAUCAAGAGUUCAAUUCCUAUACAUCUUUAUAUUAUCUAAUUAACGAUGGAAAAAACAUUGAUGCCGCUAUUGCUGAUAAUAAAUUAUUAAAUUCAACAUUGUUGGGCAUGGAAACGAUUGCAAAGAAAUAUGGUGAUUUUCAUUACACAGUGAAGGUUGAAUGUGAUUUAGAAAUUGCAAAAUAUGCAAAAAACAAUGAUGUAAUGGCUGUUAUUUCAAACAAUAUGGAUUUUCUGUUGUUUGAUGGUUUGUGGAGACUUUGGUCAUCGGAUGAUAUUCGAAUAACGGCUGCAAAUCAAUUGAAAACCACUGAAUAUGAGCGAAAUAUUGCACAGAUUUGUAAAUUGAAAUCGUAUCAAUUGCCAUUAUUUGGAACACUGUUGGGCAACGAUUUUACAAUGAAAUUUUACGAUAACUUGGUUGAUUUUCACAAUAGUUUAGGGCCAAUAAUGUAUAAAAUUCGAUGUGUUGCACGCUAUGUACGUAAUGUUGGUAAUGUUGAACUCUGUGACGACGAUAUCGAAGAAAUCUCAAUGAAAGUUUUUGGCAAUGCCGAUUGUAAUAAAAAACAGCUGAUACGAACAAGUGUGAAUUCAUAUAAUGUUGAUGUUUCACCAACAACCGACGAUGAUCCUCUCGAAAAAAAACUGUUUCAUACCGACAUGUAUCGAUCGUAUGCAGUGAAUAUGAGCACGAUUCAGGGAAUCAAUUUACCAUUUUAUGAUAUGCGCGGCUGUAGGCACGAUGCAAAUUUAACAACAAUACUCGCCGACUGGAUGAAGCGGAGAAUUGGCAUUUUAAGACAACACAAUCAAAAUAAUUCAUUUACAUUCACACUAUUGGCCAUGAUGGAUGCUGAAGAAGAAUUCGAAGCACAUUUUGCAAAACCAAUUUAUCCUGAUUUUCCCGUUCCAGCAUUAGAUACAUUUUAUAUUGAAAAUGAAAUCACCGAAAUCAAUUGGAAAAUGCUUGGAUGGAUUAUGUCGUUAUCUGAUACAGAAUUAGCAUUGAUUAGAAAAUUACCUAAAGAUUUUCUCGUGAUCAGUUCGACUCUUUACAUUUUAGUGAAGAAAGGGCUAAUUGGUGCAGAAGAAGCUGAUGGAAUUUUAUACACGGAGAAAAUAGUUCGAAAUAGUGAAACAAUUGAUAUGAAGUAUCCAACUGGUUUCGAAUCUAAAUGUGUUCGAGCAGCUCACAUCUAUAAUAUUACCUAUUCACAUGUGCAAGAAAAUUUUGCCAUUGCUGGUCUUUUAUCAUUAGUUCAGGAUUCAAUUUUACAAUUUGACGGUGUUUAUUAUCAAAAGUUAAUGGAAGACUUUGCAAAGAUUAAUCCAACUGAACGUAGUAAUGCCAUCAAAGACUAUAGGAUAUAUGCUUAAAAUAAAACGAGUGAUCUUUUUUGUAUUAUAUGCUUUGAAGUAAAAUGAGAAAAAUUGCACGGAAAAUUGGA